CCGGAGAGGCUGCGGUGGCGGGGGAGACUCCUUUCCUCUCGGGGAAAGUGGCUGGCGCAGUGAACGUCGGCUGCGCGCUUCCGCGGCAGUCCGCGCCCUGACUGCCGGCGGCCAGUUCCUCCAGGAGACACCCCAGGAAGCUUCUCUGGACUCCACCUCUGCUGUUCAAAAAGUAAAAGAAAGAUGAGUCAUUCUGUAGGGAUUUCAAUGGACAUUAUAAAGGGAAACCUACAUGGAAUUUCAAAACCAGCCUCAAAUUCAAGAACACUCCCUGGGAGCAGAAGUUCAAAUGCUUCUUUGGAGGUGCUCUCACCAGAACCAGGAUCUUUCAAGGUUGAUACUGUAAGCAGCUUGAACUCUGGUAAAGAGAACCACUCCGAAAGCAGUAGUACAGAGAACAGAAGAACUAGUGAUGAUGAUAAGGGGGAAAACCACUCUGAGAAAGUAAAAUUGGCCGAAGAGGAAUUAGAUGAAGAUCUUGAUUUGGUUCAACAUCAGAUAAUCCCUGAGUGUUCAGAUGAACCCAAAUUAAGAGAAUUAGAUUCUCAACUUCAAGAUGCCAUUCAGAAAAUGAAGAGACUUGAUAAAAUAUUGGCAAAGAGACAACACAGAGAAAAAGAAAUUAAGAAGCAAGGUCUAGAAAUGAGAAUAAAGCUGUGGGAAGAACUCAAGUCUGCAAAAUAUAGUGAAGCUUGGCAAAGUAAAGAGGAGCUGGAAAAUACAAAAACGUUUUUAUCUUUGACUGCUGCGUCUGAAGAAACUGUUGGUCCUUCUCGUGAGGAUGAAGACAACUUUUUCUCAGUGUUUCAUACUCAAAUCCCUCCAGAAGAAUAUGAAAAGCAGAUGCAGAAAGUCAAUAAAGAUUUUACCUGUGAUGUGGAAAGAAAUGAAUCAUUGAUCAAAGCAGGAAAGAAACUUUUCUCAAAUACAGAAAAGAUUGAGCUCAGGGGCAAACACAACCAGGAUUUUAUUAAGAGAAACAUUGAGUUGGCCAAGGAAUCAAGAAGCCCAGUGGUUAUGAUUGACAGAGAGAAGAAAAGGCUGAUUGAGCUUUUGAAGGACUUGGAUGAUAAAGAUUCCGGGCUCUCCAGUUCUGAGGGUGAUCAGUCUGGCUGGGUGGUCCCGGGAGAAGGAUAUGCGCUUGCAGUCAGCCAGCAUCAGCAACUUGCUGAAAUUAAUAUCAAACUCCAAGAACUCUCUGCAGCCUCCCCAGUGGUUUCCAGCUUUUCUCCAAGACUUGAACAUCAGAAUAAUCAGGAACCUGACCUUGAUGGUGAAAGAAAUAUGGAAAUAACUCCAGGAGAAAAGGUACUUAGGAACACCAAAGAACAACGGGAUCUGCAUAAGCGGUUGAGAGAGAUUGAUGAAAAGCUGAGAAAGAUGAAGGAAAAUGUGUUAGAGUCCACAUCACGUCUCUCUGAAGAACAGUUAAAGUGUCUUCUGGAUGAAUGCAUAGUUAAACAAAAAUUCAUCGUUAAACUUUCUUCAGAAAGAGAAAAUGAAGACACUGAAGACGUAACACCUGUGUUUCCCCCGCUUUCCAGAUCCAUCAUCUCUACAUUACUAAAUGAAUCAGAAACAAAGGUCCAGAAAACUGAGGGAGAAGAUGCAAAUUUGCUUGAGAGUGCAGAAUGUGAAGGUUCUAAAGGCUACUAUCUCACUAAAGCCUUGACUGGACAUCACAUGUCAGAAGCUGUCAUCAUUGAAGCAGAGAAUAUGAAAUGCCUCCAGUUUUCUGAGGAUGACAUUGUUAAUGACACAAAAGACUAUUUUAUGUUGAAGACUCUUGGCAUUGGGAGACUGAAAAGGCCUUCUUUCUUGGAUGACCCACUGUAUGGUAUCAGUGUGAGCCUUUCAUUAGAAGACCAACAUCUGAAACUCAGUCCUUCAGAGAAAACAGAAACAGAUGAAGUCUCUCGCUGUCACCCAGUCUGCAGUGUGCAAUGGCAUGACUUUGGCUCAUUGCAACCUCCACCUCUCAGGUUCAACUGAUUCUCCUACUUCAGCAUUGUGAGCAGGAGACUAAAGAUGCAGCAGAAGAAUAUAAAGAAUCCUAAGCAAGGACUUGCUGAGUAUGCUUUUAAGAAAGUUGGUAAUGAAGUUAAAUUACAUUUUUUAUUGAAUUAUUUGAAUUCAAUGAAUGCAUUGUGGCGACUAUUCUUUAACGAUUUUGACAUUUGGAGUCUCUUUGUGGAUUAUAUUUCCUUGAUAUUUUUGUGACUUGGGGUGUGAUUGUUCAGCGGUUUUUGUUCAUUAAGAUUUCUGGGAACAUCGUUUUAAAUUUAUUGCUAAUCUUACAAUAUUAGGAUUCGUUAUAAAAACCAACAUUUUAAUGCAAACGUGUUAUGGUCAAACUAGUUGAAGUGCUGUGAUUGUCCUAUAUUCGAUUUUGAAUGUUUCAACUCUACUGUGAUUCAGACAGAUCGUCGUGGUCACUGGGAAUUUUUGCUCUGGCCCUGCAUUUCCUUCUUCUCAUCUAUCUCAUGUCUGUGACAUUGGCACAGCCUGCCAUAAGACAAAAUGAAUUGUCUCAACAAAGCAAUGCUAGAGGAGCCUUUACUGUCUUAUUGGUGAUCAUACAUUUCUUAAGUCGGAGUUUGACUGAAUGAUUUGAUGUAUUACUUUGUUAAUAAUAGUUAACAAUAGCUUGUUAUUUUCUUUCAGAGCUGGGGCCUUUUAGAUUGCAUCAAAUAAAGAUGAGCUACUUUAAAAAAAGUCUGUGGUGCCAUUUUAAGAGAGAUGGUUUGUCCAGUUAUAAGUCAGUAACUAGAUUAAUGACAACGUUUUAUGUUGACUUUCUGUCAGAUGAGUUGGCAUUAGAAUUGGAAGUCCAAUGUGUUUCUGAAUCAAAAAAUGAGCAGGCUAUUUAUUGUGGCGCCUUUAAUACAAUUUGGAGUAAUGUAUACACAACAUUAUUUUUGCUGGCACAUGCUCAUCUACCGAUAGUGAAUAACAUUAAUGAUUGUUUAUGUGGAAUUUCCUUGACUUUUUACAAUGAGAAAUUCUAUAGCUACUAUUUUCAUGUGUAUUGAUAGGCAGUUUCUUUUUCCAAACACUCUAUUUUACUUUAAUAUUUGUUCAUUUAAAAUAGCAAUGUUUCAUGCUGAUGUCAAUGUGCUACAUAUAAUUUAUCUUGAUGCCAAGAGAUUUGCUGUGGGAUGGCAGAAUAAGUUAAAAGUCAUGAUUUUAGAUUCUCAUAGGAAUGACGUAAGGUGUACUCUGUGUUUUAGGGUUUGAGUGGGAAGAAUCAGAGGGCAAAGGAAAGAGAAAGAGAGAAUGGAAGGGAGGGGAGGGAGGGGAAAGGGAAGGGACGGGGGAGAGAAAAAGAAACACGGAGUAUUUCUAGACUUGCACUGCACAGAGAUUAUGACUUUAUAGUGUGCUUUUGCAAGUGAUAUUUGGGACAUAGUGAGCCUUUCUGUUAUUUAUAUAAGAGGGAAGAAAAUAGAGUGAUUUUAAGUAAUGAAUUUUGUCAUAAAAGAGGUGAGACAAUUCUAUAGCAUGUCAACUGAUGGUAACUCUAACAGGACUGGUAACUAAAUCUGUAAUAUAAUUCAUCAUAAAACUUCUGGAUUUUUAAAAAAAGUCACCCUGAUUUAGAUAGAAAGUGUUCUUAUUAAAAAUAAGUGUUUUUAUUUUGGAUUUCCCUUUAGGCCUUAGUAUUUGUCCAGAAUAAGGUGAAACCCUGUCUCUACUAAAAGUACAAAAAUUAGCCAGGCAUGGUGGUAGGUGCCUGUAGUCCCAGGUACUCGGGAGGCUGAGGCAGGAGAAUCACUUGAACCUGGGAGGUGGAGACUGCUGUGAGCUGAGAUUACGCCACUGCACUCCAGCCUGGGAGACAGAGGCAGACUCCAUCCCCCCGCCCAAACAAAAUUAUAGAAGAGAGAUAACUAAUUGAAUUUAAGGAAUGAAUCUAGGAGCUUACAGUUGGAGGCUUUUCUACAUAUGACGCUUCAGAAAAAAAAAAAAAAACUACUGGCACUACCUUUAUUGUACAUUCCUAUAAGACUUAGAGUUUAUUGCUCUUCAGUUUAGCUCUCCCACAACGCAUGACAAUAAACUCUUGGAGGAGGAAAAAAGCUAUCAUCUCAGUGAUCUGAUUUAAAUUUUUAACAAGUCCUUUAUUUCAGUACAACCUGCUGACUUGAAGGUCAAUCUUAGGGUGAAACUGGAACAUGCCUGGAAGAAAAUCUCCUCUUUCCAGUCACUUUCUCUGUCUUAUCUUGGUAUUUUAAAUCAGUUUUCCUUCACUGUCCAAGAAUGAAUUAGAAUUAUCUCCCAGGACUUCACAUGUUGAACUCUUCUGAGAAUGAAUGAUGCUGUUUAAUUCUUUGCCAUUUCAAAUAAUUAUUUCCUUUAGAUCAGUUCUCCUAACUCCACCACUAUCAUCAACACUUUCUAGUUCUUGCUUCUUCACCUUGGUACUUUAAAAUGAUUUGGCAACUGACAUUUAUAUGUGAUCAGUGCUACUCAGAAUGAUGAGUAUUUAUAGAAUGAGAGUGAAAAAUCCACAAGGAAGAUUUUAUCUCACUCAGCCAGUCUAGUGUUUAAUAGACCGCACGGCCAGAGCUUUAACCUACUUAUAAAAUUUCUUCUUUGAUUUGUUUUCAUUAAAACUGGAAAUUAACUGGUUAGUCAGUAUUCCACAUUCAUGAUUAGCCCUUCCAAACAUCAGGGUCUACUUAUUGUUACACUUGGGCCUUUUCUUCACACAAUAAUUUGUAUUUAGACACACACACACACACACAUUUAUUCAUUCCUUCCAAAUUUUACUUUUUUUAGUCAUCUUUCUUGAUUAAACUUAUUAUUCCUUCUUUGAAAGGCGUUAUCUGUAAUGCUUGGUGCACCGUUGCAAGGACAACUCCUCCCUCAUACACAUGGACUUCCGAAGCGUCUCCACAACAUGGAAUCAAUCGUGUUGCCCAACCAGUGCUAUCAUUCAUGGGUCAGAAAAUGUAGCUGCGAGAGUCAAGUGUGCUUCCGUGUUUUUCCCUUUGUUUUCAUUCUUCUCUUUAGAAUCAGAACUGUACUUUGAAAAGGAUUCCAUAGAUGACAUCUAAUGACAUUAAUAUGAAAUUUUAUUUUUUUGGGUCCCUUGACUUUGGGAUACUUUCUCUUUUAUAUGUUUCUGAUGUGGCAAGCUAAUGUAUCAUUUUGUUCUUUUAUUCCACAAACCCAGCAAAUUCUAAGCCUAGGCCUGAGCAACUCAGUCUUUCUAAAUCACAUACAAAGUGUGAAUGUUGGUGUGAUUUACUGUAAUUUCUUUUCGUGUAUGCUAUAUUGAUUUAUGAGUGGCAUCUACCCAUACUUCAUGACAUAAAGCCAGUAAGGAACAAAUAAGCACAGAUACAGUAAGUAUAAAUAUAAAUUUCCAUAUGAUUUAUUGUUGUUCCUUGUACAUAAGAAACGGUAAUAUACAACUUACACUGCUUUAGAAUGUAAAAUGGAUAAAAAUGUGUACAAAAAAAGCACAUUCCUAGAAAAAGGUAUUGGCAAAUAGUAAAAAUGGGGGCAGAUUAAAAGCAAAAAAAA